GUUGGAACAGAAGAGAGGUAACUUCAAUCUCAAGGUGGAACGCUGGUAGGGACCAUCCAUUAUCUUUAAAUAUGUACCGAUCUGGCUUACUUAUUUUGUCACCGCAUGUGCACUCUCAGAAGUUAUUCUCUUUGUUAAAAUAUGUUAGCAAUGUGGUGAAUGAAAAGCUGUUUUUAGCAAUUCCACGAAGUCCUUCAGAUUUUAUGUUUUGGAAAAGGACGGCUACGUUGUGUUAUACAACCGCAUGUAAGGUUUGCCCAUCACUAAACGUCUGUCUUAUUCUUCCUACCACCAAGUAUACCAAGCCUUCAGUAAAGUUUGAUAUUGUAAUUUCACCGGAAUCUGAAUUUAGUCCCGCUUGGAUUUUAAAUGAAGCCCACAACAUCAAUCCACUUUACGGUGAUCGUGUUAUGUAUGCUACCAUAGAUAAUUCUGAAUCAGACCUACCAAUUACUGAUGAUCAGAUAACUGUUGCGUCAUCAGAUGAAUCACAUGAAGAUAUCUCCCGUGUAUGUCUUGGUGGUACUUUUGAUCGGUUACAUUAUGGACAUAAAAUUCUACUUACCGUUGGUGCUCUGUUGGCUAAAGAACAUUUGCUUGUUGGUGUAACAUGUUCUGAUUUACUUUCAAGUAAAUGUCUUAGCCCAUUGAUAUUUUCUUGGGAGAAGCGCAGUAAAAUUGUUCAAACUUUUCUCAGUGAUAUAGGCGUACAGUCUAAAAUUAUGAAAAUUGUUAAAUUAUCUGAUAAAUUUGGUCCACCUGGAUAUUCUGCAGAAUUUGACUGUAUUGUAGCUAGCUCCGAUUCUUUAGAUAAUUGUAAAAAAUUGAAUGAAUUACGACGUGCGAAUGGAUUUAAGCCGUUAAAAAUUGAAGUGAUCAAUUUUAUAUGUUCAGCUGAGAUCUCCAACGAAUAUAAAGCCUAUCCUUUUGACCUGUCGGAUUUAAAGUUAUGUUCUUCAAAACUUCGUUUCAAUGAACUAGGCAGUCUGUUAAAACCUGUUAAUAAUAUAACUGUAAACAAUUCUUCAUGUAGUCCAUAUUUGAUUGGUUUAACAGGGCCGUCUGGUUCUGGUAAAUCAUCAUUGGCUAGACGACUCGAACAUUUAAGUGACCAAGUUCAUGUAAUCGAUUGUGAUCGUCUCGGUCAUGAAGCAUAUAUUCCUGGUACUCCUUGUCACCAAGCUCUUUUGUCUCAUUUUGGACGAGAAAAAAUAGCAUCUCCAGUGCCACCCUAUGCAAUAGACAGAGGCCUACUAGGAAGGCUAGUUUUUUCUGAUCCUGCUCAAUUGAAAGAUCUGAAUUCCAUAGUUUGGCCUGAAAUAUUAAAAAAAAUUCUAACAGUUGUAAAAGAAAUAGAAUGUAAAGCACUAGAACAAGAUCGGGAUCCUAAACGUCCGGUUAUUAUUAUCGAUGCAGCGGUGCUUUUACAGGCUAGGUGGGAUGAAAUGUGCCACGAGACAACUACUAAAGACUAAGGAGGACUGGACAGCUGUUUCAUUCUAGUAUGGGACUGACUCCUCAACGGUGCGCACCAAAGACCCCGUCGGGGAUCGAAACCGAAGCCUUAAGUUGUUUAAUUGUAAAUAUAUUUUCGUGUCUUGAAUAAAUUGUAUGUUAUUAUCGUCUUAACAGUGGCAAUAAAGUAUUCGUAUACGGAACCAUGAAAUAUGGUAGUAAUCAGAUAAUAGGGACCCUAAGAUCUCUUUUCCGAGGAUUUAUCAUGUGAAUCAUAGUUUUUUGCAAGAGGCUAACCAAAAUGCAUGACAGUAGAAUUAACCAGUCCUUCUACCCUAGGUUUACAGUUUAAUUAAACACACAUAGGCGUUAUAUUAGUGGUCUAAAUGUGAGUGCUGCUACAGGUACUCAGCACUAAAUGUAGUGCAAAUGUCAACUUACUCAGUAGUUGAUGCUGGAAAACAUACGACAGAAUCCAAGACACAGUCCGGCCUGCUAGGGGUCGCCACGUUUAUUGACUAAUAGAUAGAUGAACGGCCCAUAAUUGACCAAAGACGUUCAGAAUGUGUUGAGCUAUUUCAACCUCAAAUUGUUUCAAUUUUCAGGUAUGGUUAACAGUUUUAUCCCAAACAGAAGCUCAGCGCCGGCUGUGUGAGAGAAACAAUUUAAGUCCGGAAGCAGCAUCAGAACGUCUUGCACGACAAGCUUCUGCUGUUGCUGAAGUGACUGGUGGGUACACUUGGUUUGAAGCAGGUCAGUAUAGUUCUCAGAAAAGUCCUAUCGACUAUGCUCAUGUAAUUCUAAGUACAGAAUGGGACCCAGAAUGUUCGCAGUACCAAGUUGAAAAGUCCUGGAAAGCGCUACAACAAAGGUUAGAGUUAACUACAACAACCCAAUGAGUGUUUGCUAUCAUGAAUUUGCAAUUUCUUAUCUGCUAAUUUGACGCUAUGUAUUCAAUUGGUUGAGCUUUUAUAAUGAAUUUCACUUAUGGAACAAACAUGAUUUCUUAGCUAGUUGGACUUUUUCUAUCAGUCGAUAUUUCUAUGACCGUGCAUAAUAAACCAUUAUUAUUUUCGA